AUGAACCUUUCUCUUAUCGACCCCUUCGUCCUGGCACAGGACUACCCUGACACUUUAACAGAGAAACUCCAGAGCGGACAUGCGACCUGUUUACGAUUCGACCAUACCGGUGACUAUCUAGCUUCUGGAAGAGUCGAUGGAACAGUCGUCAUCUUCGAUAUCGAAACGAACGGUAUAGCUCGCAAGCUGCAAGGGCACACCCGCCAGAUUCAAUCUCUCAGCUGGUCUCGAGAUGGCCGAUAUCUCCUCACCUCAUCACAAGACUGGAAAUGCAUUCUGUGGGACUUGGAUGACGGCUCACGUGUGCGCACAGUCAGAUUCGAGGCACCUGUGUACAUAGCGGAGCUGCAUCCAUUCAACCACCUUCUCUUUGUCGCCUCACUUUUCGAAGAUCAGCCUAUUUUAGUCGACGUCUCCUCCCCAAAACCUAUCAAACGAAUCCUACCUUCCGCACCUCUCCGUCCACAGGCUACAAAUGGCGAAGAUAUUGACCCGGCCGUUGCAGCAAAACAAGCAGCUCAAGAUGCAAAGCAUUCGACCUGCGUGACCAUAUUCACGGCAUUUGGAAAUCACAUCAUUGCGGGAACGUCGAAAGGGUGGAUUAAUAUUAUUGAGACGGAAACCUGCACCACUAUUCACUCCAUGCGCCUCUGCAAUGGAGUCGUCAUUCUGCUCCGUCUCGCUAGUAACGGUCGAGAUCUACUGGUCAACAGCUCCGAUCGUGUCAUCCGCACCGUCCUCAUGCCCGACCUUUCCCAACUCGGUAUCGAUCUCGAGCCUUCCAAUAUCAAACUCCAAGUCGAGCACAAGUUCCAAGAUGUCGUCAAUCGACUAAGCUGGAACCACGUUACCUUCUCUUCAACCGGCGAAUUUGUCACGGCCACCACAUUCAUGAACCCCGACGUCUAUGUUUGGGAACGUGGGCAUGGAUCCCUAGUGAAAAUUCUCGAGGGACCACGCGAGGAACUAGGCGUGGUAGAAUGGCACCCAUCCCGACCAUUGGUUGUCGCCUGUGGACUGGAGUCCGGCUGUGUAUAUAUCUGGUCAAUUAUCAGUCCACAGAAGUGGUCUGCACUAGCGCCUGAUUUCGGCGAGGUUGAAGAGAACGUGGAGUACGUGGAGCGCGAGGACGAAUUCGACGUGCACCCCGCCGAGCAAGUUCACCAGCGUCGUCUUGAUCUCGAAGAUGAAGAGCCUGAUGUCGUCACUCUCGACCGGGUCAAAGGUGAUAUUGAAGGGGAUGCGGCUGGCACCUUCGGUGUGCCUGUCCUCCUCGAUAUUGAAGACAGCGAAAGCGGCGAAGACAUCAUUGCUGUUGGUCCUGGUACCAUGCGACGACGGACUCCCGGGACUGGUCGGGAAGCUGUCAAUGGUGAUACCGGUAAAGACUCCGGCUCUACUGCGCAAGGUGUGUCGCGUGGUGCGGCGAGGAAUCGCCGACGGUAA